AUGACUGACCCUGGGGAUGAAUCCGAGGAGUCCGAGCGGACCUUGCGCCGGAAAGCCGUGGAGGAUCAAAUUGUCGAAGAUGAGUUCAACAUCAACUCGACGGUGGGCCUUGUUUCCGCCCUCAUGCUGUCUGUCCUGGCCACAAGCCUGUCGGAUUCGUACGAUCUCAAAAACUACGGGGAUCCCUGUGAGCAAGGAUGGUAUCACGAAGGGUCGGAUUGCUAUCCCAAGUUCGAGAUGUACCAGCUGUUUAUAUCCUUUAGCCUUACAU